AUGGAGAGUGGAAGUGCGCCGCGGAGCUGCCCCGGCGGCAGCCGUCGUCGCCGAAGGAGGAAGUGGGGUCGGGUGCUGGGCGCGAACGCCGCCGCCGCCCUGGCCGCCGCCGCCACCGCGCUGCUCGCCCUCGCCGCCGCUGCCGCCCUGCCCGCCGCGCACGCCGGCACCGGGGGACACAGCGAAGGUAAAGACGGCCAGACGCCCACGCCGCUCGGGCUCAAUGGGCCGUGGACGGCGUAA